UUGGCUGUUAUUCUAUAUUAUAUUCAAUGGCUUGCUGAGUUGUUGCCCAUUCUUAAAACAGUUGUAAAGAUGCAGGCAGGUGGAAAAUACCCCAGCAAUGAAGAUGGAAGAGUUUAUUUUUUCUUUCCAAAAAUGGGGUAUCCCUCAGGGAACUUCCAUGAGAUUAUCACAAAAUAUGUCAAUGCACUGCUGAACACAAAGGGAGGUGUCUUGGUGUUUGGAGUUGACCCUGUCUCUUGCAAAAUUUUAGGAUGUCAUGUCAACAGAGCUCAGGAGGACCUUUUCAGAUUGGAAUUUGACAAAGAGGUCAGAAACAUGAGACCAACAGUGUCUCCAAGUCUUUGCAGGUUUAUACUGACCAAGUUAGAAAAUUCCCCACUGUGUGUGCUAGAAGUGAAAAUAAGUGCAGCCCCUAUUGGAGAAAUGUAUAUGAACUCAUCUGAGCAGGUUUAUGUUAUAAGGCAAAGAAAAUUGUUUGGUCCUCUGAGACCUCAAGAGAUUAAAGACUUAGUGAUUGCCAAAUACCGAGAGGAAAUAUCCUCCACAGUUAAUCUUCUCUCACCUGCAAAAGAAUCCCAUGAACGAGUAAAGUAGUUUCGGAACUAUUGCAGAAAAGAACAAGUUCAGUUAAAUUCACAAUGUUGGGAAAAUUUCUGUUGGUCCCUCUGUCUGGACCUUAAGAGUCAGGACAGCAACUCAGAGGAAGACGUUGAUUAGAAAAUGAAUCUAUAUAUUUGGUUGAAAUUCCAUGGGAGGCUGAAAGUCAUUUAUGCUUUCUCAAGGCGCACACCUCAACUUCAGUAAAACAUUUGUAUGCAACGUUGAGUUCCAAAUGGAAACUUUAAUAGUUUGCCAUUGGGGAUCCUGUCCUCAAGCCAUGUAAAUUUUGAUGAUUUCACAUUGUUUUACAGAGGACAGCUAAGAAAUGUACACAGUUUUAAGAUGCAUGGCUAAGCUAUUUUUCUGUAUUUGAGAUCUUUUGUUUUGCCAGAUCCUCAAUGUCAUCACGAUUUGCAUAAGGUUCUCUUAAUUUUCAACAGUAACUAAAAGUUUGGUGUGCAAAUUAACCCAAUUAAAAGACUAGUUCACAAAUCACAAAGUGAUGUUUCUUAUGCAUACUUUACAUUCAACCCUUAGUCCAUUUUUCCACCACAUUUUUCACAAGUAUCUGCCACUUUCCUGUUUUGUUAUGUGGUUAUUCAUUUAAUCUGGGUUCAGUAGGAUUCCUUGUUCAUUAAAAUUUUUCCCUCUGCAUCUUGACGGCAAGACUUGAGGGUGGAACUGGCUAUUCUGAUGAAAAUAUUUAUAAGGGCUAGUAUUUCUAAUUGUCCAUUAAAGAGACCUCAGAUCUGAUUAGAUAUUUCUACAGUACGCAAUAAGAUACUACAAAACUUUACAGUGCUCACUGCUCAAAGAGUUUGACACAAAGUCAAAAUAGUGAAGAAACAUUGAAAGCAGUGUUAUUUUGAAGGAAUACUUUUUUUAUUCGGUGUCUUAAAUAAUGCAUUGAAUUAAUUAAAUAAUAUCUGCCAUAAUAUCAAAUGCAAAGAUAAUCAUGAUAACAUCCAAAAUAAGAUGAUAUUCUCAUUUAUAUCAUUAAGGCUGCAUAGCGGCCAUGAAACAUCACAUAAGGUCACAUGAUUACAUGAUUAUUGGUUAAGUCAAUCAAUGUUAAGGCUUCCAAAACUUACAAGUGCAAUUAAAGCAACUUUGGAUUUUGA